AUGGCCGCCCCAGCAACCUCGGGGCAUGCCUUUCAUCAUCGCUUUGAUGCCCUCCCCGACAAGGAAGCCAACCCAACCGCAAAGGACAAUCCACGCUUGAGCUCCGAAGGCUUCUCCUAUCCUGACCUCGAUGCUCGCCACUUGUACUCGUCCGCUUCAAAUCACUCUGGUGCUGCUGCCCCCGCCCCAGCCAUGUCCAAACUGCCAGACUUCCCCGAGUUCAAGGGCUUCGAUGACCGAUCCGAACUCUUCCAGAACAACAACUUCUUUCAGCAGUACGCACCUCAUCCUGCCGCCUCGGCUGCUUUGGUCGAGCCUCAGUCCGCACAGAUCGAGGCAAGCCCCUCUUCUGAACAGCUCACCUCUACAUCCCCAGCAGCGCACCAAGAUGCCUCGGCACAGUCUGUAGUCCCAGCUGCCGAGCCGCAGCAGCCUCUCGCCCAAGCAGCACAACUGGCACCGACAUCAGCGCAACAUCAGCACAACCACCACCACCAGCCAUUGCCGCAGCAACCAGCAGCAGAGUUGUACCAGCAGCCACAGCUCGAGCCUCUUUUCUCCUCGGCCAGCUCGUAUGCCCAGCAGCCCUCUUUGCAAAACAGCAGCGAGUCGCAAGCUCCUUCCCACCACUCGCAUCACUCGCAUCACUCGCACUCCAGCCAUCGCAGUCCCCUCCCCAAGCCUCCAACUCUGCCAUCCUCGCCCCCCUCACAGUCCGCACACACCAACGGUGGCCCUUUCGCACCAGGAUCGCCAUCGCGCAACCCUCUGUCGCAACCAGGAGCCAACUUUGCCUUUGCCGGACAUCAAGCUCGACCUGCAUCCCAGCAGCCUCCGCAUGCCAUGUCACCACAACAGCAGUCCCCACAGACAAAUCCAGAUUCGCUGCCCAUGGCUGCACUUCGCCUCAACGAUGGAGAGCGUUCCACUGAUCACCAUUCCACUGAUCACCAUUCCACUGAUCACCAUUCCACUGAUCACCAUUCCACUGACGACCGCGCCGAGAAUGAGGACUCCAUCCGACCUAGCAGCUUCUUUGGUAUGCAGAGACCCGCUGCAGCGCUCAACGCAACCGGUCACCAAGUGCCUGUCCCUGCCAGUAUGCUUGCUGACCAUGAUGGCUUCUACCAGGAUCAGCAGCACCUUGACCAGGCCAACGCUCUCGCUCAGCCUCAGCCUCAGCCUCAGCAACGCAACCAGGAUGCCAUCAACCAAGGUCCCCGCCCUUCCUCCUUCUUCGGUGUGGAAGGCGACUCGGCUUCCAGCCUGCCAUCCGAUUCGGCUGUUGCACAGACACCUGCCAGCCAUGUUGGCGCACCAGGAACGCCUCGAUCCUCCUUCCGCGCUGAUAUCGCUCCCCGAGGCAUCUCCACCGCUGCCGGCGGCACAGGCAAUGGUCCCAUGCCAUCCUCGGGCGGAUUUGGUGGUCUCGGCCCUGCAGGCACCAACCGUCCUGCCAGCAUCGCUCCCUCCGUUGCAAGCGGUCCACUGCUCGACCACAGCCAUCUCAAGGUUGGCCAGAAGGCUUCCUUGCUCAGUCACGGAAAGACGCUUGAGCUCUACCGCCAGAAUGCAAAGAAGACCAACGACCCCAACUUGAUCUACGAGCUGGCUGUCUUUAUGAUCGACGCUGCCAAGACGAUGGGUACCGAAGAAGAAGGCAACGCUCCUCCCACCGCCCUCAACGGACCCAACAAGGUCGACACGCAGAAGGAGGAACUUACCAAAGAGGCCACUGGUCUGCUCAAGAAGAUUGCUGAUCGUGGUCAUCCCGAUGCGCAGUACUUCUUGGCCGACUGCUACGCCAACGGUAUCGGCACACGCACAGGUAAGCAAGACUUUGGCCAGGCAUACACCUACUUUGUACUCGCUGCCAAGCACGGUCAUCCUGAUGCUGCUUACCGUGCCGGUACAUGCUACGAGAAGGGUUGGGGAUGUCGCAAGGACGCAGGCAAGGCGCUUCAGUUCUACCGCAAGUCAGCUGCCCAAAGCCAUCCCGGUGCCAUGUACCGCCUCGCCACUGCUGAACUCAACGGCGAACUUGGUCUCAAGAAGAACGCCAAGGAAGGCGUCAAGUGGCUCAAGCGUUCUGCCGAAGCUGCUACACCCGAGUUCCCGCAUGCACUUCACGAGCUCGCUCUGCUCCACGAGCGCGGUAUCGACAACGUCCUCUUUGUUGACCCCGAAUACAGCUGUGAGUUGCUUGCACAGGCUGGAGAGAUGGGCUAUGCUCCGAGUGCCUACAAGCUUGGUGUCAACUACGAGUACGGUCGCAUGGGCUGUCCUCAGGACGGAGGUCUCAGUAUCCACAUGUACAACAUUGCUGCUCAGCAGAAUCACAAGGAGGCCUGCUUUGCCCUCACGGCAUGGUAUCUUGUUGGUGCUCCCGGAAUCUUGCCUCAAUCCGACACGGAAGCUUACCUGUGGGCCAAGAAGGCGGCUGAGCAAGGUCUCGCUAAGGCUGAAUACGCAGUUGGCUACUUUACAGAGAUGGGCAUCGGCACUGUCAAGGAUCUUGCUGAAGCUAAGGCUUGGUACAAGAGGGCUGCUGACCACGGCGACAAGCGCGCCAACCAGCGUGUUGCUGCAUUGCAAGGUCAUGGUGGUCCGACUGGUCUCGCUGAUGCCAAUGCCGCUGCUCCCGUCAACCGUCAACAGCAGCGUAUGGAGCAGAGGCAGGAGCAGCGCCAAAGCAUGCACGAGUUUGGUCGACGCGCUCAGCCUACCUCGGCACCUUUCCCUGCCAGUGUCACGCAGAGCUCCAUGACACCGAGCACCCAGAUGAGCUAUCCUUCGCCGCUUGCCAUGCGAGAAGCACAAACAGCGCAGCGCCAAGAGCAGUACAUGGCCAAUGUUGCUGCCAACGAGCGUGCACAGGCACGUGCGAUGCUCCCACGCUCGCCAUCGCAGCAAGAGUUUGGCUCUCCUAUCUCUGCAGGCUCGCCUACCACGGGCUUGCCUCGUCCACCUUUCAUACCAACACCUCAGCAUCAGCAACAGCUGCAGUCGCCACAAGCGCAGCCAUCGCAGCCAUCGCAGCCAUCGCAGCCACAGAUGCCGUUCUCGCAGCCGCAAGCGUAUCCUUCCUACCCGAUGAGCGCAAGCACUGCUCCUCGGCAGCAACACGCAAACGGACCUCAGGGGCCUCACAACCCAUUGUUGCCUCCUGGGCCUCCCGGAUCUGGACCUGGACCUGGACCUAGUCCGCAGUACGCUGCUCGUCCUGGUAUCGGUCCCGGCGGUGGUUCUCAAGGCGGACCGGGAUACGGUCCCCCUCCUCCCGAUUCUGCCGCUCCAGCAAAAGCUGAUUUGGGUGAUGACGGCAAGAAAAAGAAGAAAGGCUGGUUUGCAAGGUCCUAA